CAAAACAAAAUUAAACCGAGCAUGAUGGCUAUCAAAAUCCUUAUCUGCCUUGUUGUGCUCAUUUCUCUUGCCAACCACUCUCAUGGGGGCACAAUCUCACUCUACUGGGGCCAAAACCAAAAUGAAGGCAGCUUGGCCGAUGCUUGUGCCACAAGAAACUAUGCAAUUGUGAACAUAGCCUUUCUAUCCACAUUCGGCAGUGGCCGGACUCCGGCGCUAAACCUAGCCGGUCACUGUUCGAAUGGUGGUUGCGCCGGUCUUAGCAAAGACAUAAAAGCUUGCCAGGAUGGCGGCAUCAAGGUGAUACUCUCCAUCGGAGGCGACUCUACGAGCUACUCCCUUUCUUCCUCUGAUGAUGCCCGGAAAGUUGCAGACUAUUUAUGGAACAAUUUUCUCGGCGGCCAAUCAAACACACGUCCACUAGGUGAUGCCAUUUUAGACG